GUUUACGCAUGACGAAUGGCGUCAAGUUGUUAUUGUUGAAAGCGUUUAAUUAUUUGUAAUAAGAUUAUGAGUGCUUAUACAAUCUUUUUACAUAAAAUUGUACAAUAUUGUGACCAUCUAGUUUAGUUAGACAAGUGUUAAGUAAGACUUUUCCACUGGAUUCUUCAUUUGAGUGUCAAAAGUGCCUAGAAGUACUUUGAAUGGCUCUCAUGCAGCAUGUGAAUUCCAAUAGGGGCAAUUACGGCUCAACAUGCCGAUUUUAAAUGGCAGCAAAUAGUGACGGCAGUAUUGAACUAUCUGCUAUUUUAACCUGUGAAGGGGACCUGUCAGAUCCCAGGUUCCCUACACAGUUGAAUAUACUGGUGGACAGUUUAAAUACUAUUUUGGGUGAAUCAGUGAAAGUACACAAACUGGAGCCCUGGAACUCAGUGCGUGUAACGCUGUCCAUUCCUAGGGAAGCAGCGUUACGUCUUAGACAAUUAGCUAAUGAGGGUUCCCAGCACCUUAGAGCACUUGGGAUACUCAGUGUUCAAGUUGAAGGAGAUCAGGUGAUAUCAUUGCGGUUGGCUACUGCCGGACAUUCAGAACCUCAAGAAAUCAUCUUGAGAACUUCUCAAGAUGGCAGCAGUAAUAGUUCAGCUAACCAUGAGUCAGAAUUGGGCAAUUUUCUACAGACCAAUGCUACAUCGACUGCUGUCAGUAGCAACAAUGUACAAGUGCAAUUCAAAUCCCCCAAUGUGGUGUGUCCCCCUGAUACUGUGGUACCUAAAGUUGGUGCCAACACAGUACCCCCAAAUAAUGUCUCAGGUAGUAAUAAGGCCUUUGCUGGACCAUUUCCUUUUACCAGCAUGAACCAGGCCAUUCAUAGUAACCGAGAAACUCCAUUCAAUUCACUACCCCCUCCUUACCCUGCAAAACAUCCGCCUGUAACAAUAUCCAGUCCACUUCUGGUUAAUCUUCUGCAGAAUGAUGGAGCUAAGGAUUCAUCAUCUACAUCAGGUGUUCAAAAACCAUUGCCUGCAAGGACAAUAGCUGCUUCCUCUGAUGUGUCAACUACUACAGUAAACUCCUCUUCAGGACCAUCAAAUUUUGCAUCUAAACCUAGCAGCAACAUUUCUUCAACAACCUCAACUUCUACUAUGAAUACUACUCAGGCCAAUGUGCUAGUUAAUAAUUCUACUAUAUCACCAAGCGCCUUAUCAACAAACACUUCCAUUAGGCAGAAUAGCACCAUUAUGACAAGUACAACUGGUAUGGUGAAUAAGACACCACCACCACAAUACCAUAGGUCACUCUCUUCUCCAAUGGUAAAACAAAGUCCUGUUGUUGGCCACCAGAACUUGAACACUAUAUCUUCACCACUACCAAACAACUCACUUUCACAAAACACUAUAGUAUCUCAGGGUACACAAUCAGUAACUGUGCCUCUACAACAAACUAAUGUUUAUCAACAGCAAAUAACAGCCUCAUCUGCACAUCUUAAAAGCCCAAGUAAUAAUAAUGUUAAUCCUUUGGUUCAACCAAAUAUUGCAUCUACUAUUAAACACUCUUUAUCUCAUAAACUGGUUACCUCAUCCAAUAUUGGGAAGGCGUCUUCUUUACUUAACACUUUGCCAAUCACAAAAACUAUCCCUCAAAGAGGUAAUAUUCUACCUAAUAUUUUAAAUCAUCCCAUAAACAAUACUCACCCAAAAAUGGCACAACCUAAUGUACCAUUACCGAAAACUCCUGUUUACAUACCUCAGCCAAUAAAAAAUAACUUUUCUCAGAAUAUUGGAAAUGUUUUAUCAAGUUCAUUACCCCAGUCGGCAUCUAUAGCAACAACUCCUAUACCUAGUACUUUAGAAUUGCCAACUUCCAGUCAAACAUUCAACAAUAUUGGUUUAAGAAAUAUGCCUUCACCGCCUCCUUACUCUGUAGCCAUAUCUAGACCAUGGGAUUCACUGGUAAAUAAUGGUAACUCCCUUUUGGAUCUAACACCAACGUUGACAGAUUUAAAACCAGACGAUCUUGAUGAAUUGCUACCUACUUUGGAAAGGGAGUUGACUCACAGUCCUCUGCCGGACUUACCGGAAGAUUUUCUUGCUGUUCAUUCGAAUAUUAUAUCUACUACAGAAGACCUGCAACUCAAUGAUAAUCGGAAAUUUCUCAUCAAUCCUCUGACGGGCGAAUUGGAACCUCAGUCGAGCGGAGAGAGCGACACGGAAGAAUUGAAAGACGUUUUUACGGGUUUACCAUCGCCUGCAAAUCUUUCUGACGAAGAUACGUGUUCAACAACUCGACCCGAUACGACAACCGAUCAGAGUGAUAGUGAAACGCGUUCCAGUGACACCACCGCCAAAACUGUGAGGUUAAAAAACCCCAAACCUCGCGAGAGAGGAAGAGAUUCCCCCGCUUUGAAACCAGAAAAAAUCAAAUUAAGAUUAAAAUUGGAGAAGUCUGAACCAAUUAAUCAGGCAUACAAAGUGGAUGUUAGUUUUAUUAACCAACAACCAAAGAAGGCAUCUUCAUCAUUAAUUACAGCUGGGGAGGAACUUCGAGUGCCACCACUUCACAUUUCACUUAGGGGUAGGAAUUCGGCAGUGAUAAAAAACAAGAAUAAAUUGAAUCCUGAUGGUACUCCUAUGAAAGUAAAGUUCAGAAAAAAUCAGGACCAUGUAAAGAUAAAGAAAAGUGAUAGUGGUACCUUUAUGAACUCCAUCGAAGACAAUGGAAGUAUUAAUUCUCUAGUGAUGGAUGUGCCAUCUUCAAUUAUAUCUGAUGAGAUUAAAGCGAGGCUUGCCAAUUUAGACCAAAAGAAAAAGAAGAUAAAAACAAAUCACGAGCAUAAGGAUAUAAUUACUAGUCUGGCGCAAGAGAGUGAUCUGAAGUCAAAAUUUGUGAUACACAAUCACUACAAAGAUAAACAGAAAGAAAGACGAGGUAGCGAUUCGGAACUUGUAAAAACCAAGAAAUUUCUUGAUGGUCACGUAAUACCUGAUGACAAGAAAAGGAGGUUAAGCCAGUCUGAGCAACCUGAGGAAGACCAGCCUGUAUUGGGUUCCACUAAUGUAGGAACCAUCACGAGCCUGCCGCAGAAAGUGAGAAAAGACAAAGUAAAAAUCAAAGAUGUGUUUAAAAAAGACGCUAGCAAAAAUAACAAGCUCUUUCACAAAAAUUUCGGAGAAAAAUUACAGACAAAACCGGUGACCUUACCCACUGCCGGAGAAAUGAACAUGGAAGCGAAGUUCAAACAAGGUUUACUUGAAGGAACGGGAGAGAAAGGUAUUUCAAGGCCGCCACACCGAACAGAGAUUGUGAAUCAUCUCUGUACUGAACCAAAUAGACGAGAAGCAGCUGAGGCAGUGAAGAUGAUACGUGAAUCCAAUCCCAUUAAAGACAAAUCUCCAGAACCGGACAAAUGUAACACGCCUAACAGGAAGUCAGUUGAGUUGGGGGAAAAGCCUGUCGUAGUAGGAGUUGUAGGUGGUAGUCGGUCACCAAAUUCAGGAGCCAAUCAGGGUGAAGAUAGUGGGAUAGAAAGCAUGGACGCCCUCAGCGAAAAAUCCCCUAAUCAAGCGAGUCAAAGUCCGCAUGCCGACAUUUUACCUCCAAAGACCCAAGUGCCUAACAUGCUGGACAUUGAGGCGCAACUCGCUAAGAUGGAGGGGUUGAAUGGGGAUAGUGAUAGGAUAGUGGAAGGUGUCGCGGAAACAGGACCUGUAGAAGAUGUUAAUGAAAAUAAAUGCCAUCAAGACCAAGCAGUAAAAAACUGCUGUGAACUAACUUGUGCUUUACAGGACAACCGCAAGCAAGGAGUGGCAUCGCUUGCUGCUGAUUUGGAUUCACCACCGCCUUCUGUUAACAAAGUUGAUAGUAAUCUUGGUCCUCUCAAGGUUAAAAAAGAGGAAGAUGACUUAGAGCCACUCCCUAUGCGAGUAACUCCCGCGUUGUACACGUACUCAAAUCCGGACAAAAGCCGCGCUGGAUCAGAGAGUCCCGCUCUUUCGGACGAAGACAGUAAUUCGUGUUCGACCACCAGUACGGUUCCAGGUAACAGCAAGCAUAGCAAGAGCCUUUUGGAACAGUUACUUAUAGAAAUUCCCAAUGAUCACCAAACGCCGAGCUCACCAAGUCCAGCCACGCGAUCAUCGGUGCGAACAAGGGCGCUCUCUAAACUCAACAGUCCAGAGUUAAAUUCCCCUGUGACAAAGAACUCAACAUUGCGAACAAUACCUACCACCAAAAGGAAAAGGAAUGAGUCGGAUAGUUCGAAUCAUAGUGUGGAAGAAACUAAAAAGAAAUCACGCAAGAGCCUUAGUGUGACUAAUAAUGUUGAGACGAACCAAACGACUGAUAUAGUGCUGAAGUCUCUGCGCCAGACAGAUCCUACCAAAAUAAACAAUGUGAAGAAAUUACCAAAAGUACAACAGGAAGAUAGUUCAGAUAGUGAUGAACCUCUAACUGAGAAAAUACGCAAAUCCUCGUUAAUUGUGAAUACUCAAGUGAAUAACAACACCAACUCGAUGUUGAAAAGCAUGAAAACGGGGAAAACGGGGCCGGGGAGUGUUGCUAAUAAUAAUACGACAGUGGCACCUACGCCGAAAGGGGGGACUUUAGUGGUUAGUACUAGGAGGUCGGUGAGGAGCAAUAUGCCUGCGCAGAAUACCAGAAGCAAGGGUGAAAAUGUUAAGGUGUCGUCCGAGACCGAGGCGUUGAGAAGAAAAACUCGAAGUGCAGUUUCUGAUGUUGAAAAUAAACGGAAAAAAGAGGUAAAGUGACAGUAUGAGAGCGGCUGCUUGGAAGGCAGCCACCUUAAUCUCCAUCACGUACAACAUCAGCAACAUGAAGAAGGAGAAGCGAACGUAUACCAGUACCCACUGUACCGCCCUUAUUUGUGCGAUCUGUCGUCAUCGUCAUCAUCGAUAACGUCAUCUUCGUCAGAAAGCCAAGAUGAGGACGACAGUUACAGUAGCGAGGAGGAGUCAGAUCAGUAAAAUCCUCUCCUUACCUCUAAAACUGUACAGAUUGUGAUAUGCUACCUUAGUCUGGUCUAUAAGGACAAUAAUAAUCAUGUAGGUUCUACAGUUGUUGACUGACUUAAUUGCGAAUUCGAAAAAUAUUUGUAAGUAAAUUAAUGUCGUUAAAGAUAUUUAACAUUAUGAUAACAACUGUCUUUGCAAUAUAUUGUAAUACACCAUAAUUAAUUUUUGAGAUUUUUCUUUUCUUGAUAUUAUUUCUUAAUAUUUCUUGGUAAUGUUACA